AUGACGGACUAUGAAACUUCAACGGCUUUCCUCGGAGAGUGGGGACGUUUCCAGCAGCAGGUGUUUUUCCUCCUUUCUUUGACCGUCAUCCCUAACGGUUUCACUGCCCUUUCCACGGUGUUCCUAGCCGACACGCCGUCCCACCACUGCCUCAUACCCGCGCAUCUCAACCUCACCCCCGCGUGGAGGAACAGCAGCAUCCCGCUGGAGCAAGAGAGCAGCCAAGGUGGCGCGUUGGUGCGCAGCAGGUGUUCCAGAUACAAACUUGUUGAUAUCCUGAGUUUCUCUGAAAAAGGCUUGCUGCCCAACGUUGAUGUGAAUCUGUCUACUGUGCCGAAAGAAAGCUGCUUGGACGGAUGGGAGUAUGACCAGAGCAUCUACAUUUCUACUAUCAUAUCGGAGUGGGACCUGGUUUGUGAUGAAAGCUGGAAGAAACCACUGACUUCUUCUUUCUUCUUCUGUGGAGUUCUCACCGGUUCCUUCAUUUCAGGACAGCUCUCUGACAGGUAUGGGAGAAAAAUAGUGCUGUUUGCUACUCAGGCAAUUCAGACGGUAUUCACAUUGAUCCAGGUCUUCUCUCCAUCUUGGACGGCGUUCUGCGCCCUGUUCUUUGUUGUUGGGGUGGGCCACAUUUCGAACUAUGUGGCUGCGUUUGUGUUAGGAGCGGAGAUAUUAAGCCCAUAUGUGCGGACUGUUUAUACCACGGCGGGUGUGAAUCUGUUCUUUGCUGGGGGCUACAUGCUUUUGCCGUUCUUUGGUUUCUUCAUCAGAGACUGGAGGAUGCUCCUCCUAGGCCUUUCACUGCCUGGCUUCUUCUUUGUGCCUCUCUGGUGGUUUAUCCCAGAGUCUCCUCGGUGGCUCCUCUCUCAGGGAAGGAUAGAAGAAGCUGAGGCCAUAAUCAGAGAUGCUGCUAAGAAGAACAAGGUUGAGCCUCCAUCAGUCAUCUUUAGUCCCUUGCAGGAACAACUUAAGCCUGAGAAGAGAAGAGCCCACAACAUCUGUGACCUGCUUCGUUCUCGAAACAUCCGCUGGAUCUCUGUCACGCUGUGGCUGAUCUGGAACACCUUGACCAUUGCCUACUUUGCUGUUUCCCUGAACACGGCAAACCUUCAUGGGAAUGUCCACUUCAACUGUUUCCUGUCGGCUUUGGUGGAGAUACCAGCCUACAUUUUGUCAUGGACUAUGUUUCGCUGGUGUUCCAGACGGCUGACUCUGUCCUCAUCAUUGUCCACGGGAGGGUUGUUUCUGCUACUCAUUCAGCUUAUUCCAACACAUCUGUUCUCUUUGGCGAUAGCACUGGAGAUGAUAGGGAAGUUUGCAGUAACGACAGCGUAUUCUUUGGUCUACGCCUUCACAGCUGAGCUCUACCCAACUGUUCUGAGAACUACAGCUGUCGGUGCCUGUUCUAUGGCCUCCAGAAUAGGAAGCAUUACUGCUCCGUUCUUCAUUUACUUAAGAAGCUAUUCCGUUUCACUGCCUUACAUCCUUAUGGGAAGCCUUACAGCCUUAGCAGGGUUGCUGAGUCUCCUGCUGCCUGAGAGCUUUGGAAUGCCUUUGCCUGAGACCAUUGAUCACAUGCAGCACUUCCCCGGAUGCUGUCAGAGAAAGCCUUACACUGUCGCACACAUGAGAGAAGAGGAAAAUGCUCCUGAAUGAAAGACUAGAUAAACAAGGAGAAAAGUAAAAAUC